ACUAAAAUUAACUCCAGAACCAGAAGCAGAUCGUAUUUCAUAAUUAGCAGUUCUAGCCACCGGCGAGUGGAGAAAGAGAAGAAGACAAAGAACAAUGACAAUAGCAAAACCCUAGUAUUAGAGGAGAUGCACCCCGUCGUUAGUGACACGGGCACCGACAAUAAGUACCGAAAGAGCUGUAAGCAAGAAGAAGAACGACAAAGCAAGAAUAAGAGCAGCUUCAGUGGCAUUUCAUCGAACAUGUGGUGGCGGAACUUGAAGGCGGUAUUGGGGCAGAGUUUCAAUCUCGAAGGGAUCAUUUCUUCGGUGCAGGUGGUGACUAAAGAACGCCAUUUGGCCAUCCCGCAUAUCACCGUGCGGGACAUUAGUUGGAUCGAUUGGGUGGAACUGGAGCGGAGGGGUUUCAGGGGCGUAAUUUUCGAUAAAGACAAUACCCUCACUGCGCCUUAUUCUCUUGCUCUGUGGCCUCCUCUAAACCCUUCGUUGGAACGAUGCAGAUCUGUUUUUGAUGGGAACGUCGCCAUUUUCAGUAACUCUGCUGGGCUCUACCAGUAUGAUAUUGACGGUUCGAAAGCAGCAGCAAUUGAGAAGUCCCUCGGAAUUCGCGUCAUAAGGCAUGGGACCAAGAAGCCGGCUGGAACAGCUGAAGAGAUUGAAACAGACUUUGGCUAUGAUACCUCACUUCUUGUCAUGGUGGGUGAUCGCCAUUUCACAGAUAUUGUUUAUGGAAAUCGAAACGGCUUCUUGACUAUUCUAACAGAACCAAUUAGUCUAUCUGUGGAGCCAUUCAUCGUUAAGCAGGUUCGGAAAAUGGAAACUUUUCUUGUGAACCACUGGUGCAGGAGAGGUUUGAAGCCAAGGGAUCACAAUCUCCUGCUAGAAGCCAUGGAAUGUGUAAAAGACCCAUCAACCAUGUGACAAAAUAUUCUUUUUUAAUGCAAAAAUCAAUUGAUGUCU